CUUUGAUUUUGUAGGUAAUUGGGGGAGAAAUAGAUGAGAUAGAGGUAUGAAGUCGAGCAUGGUGGAAGAAUUCGAGAAGAAGGUAGAAAUUUCGGAGGAAGGUAAUUACGGAGAGAGCGAUCCAUUGAAAAUUGUGGCAGUGCUUCGAAGAUUUGUGGGUGUGCAGCAACGCAGAGCCGAAGCUUAUGCGAGGCUGAAGCGGACCAACGAUGACAACAACAUGCAUUGCCAAGUGCCAACAAUUGUAAACCGAACAUCCCAAUUUCGACUGUCAUCCAGAGGUUUUGAAGAUUAUAUGGCUUCAGGAGUAGAAUCAACUUACCAACAGCUAUGCAGUGAGAUCACUGCUGAAUUUAAUGAUUGUUCAAAGCAGGUCCUUGAGAUGGAGUCUCAGUUUCUAACUGCCCAUUGCUUCCGAGAAGAUCUGUCUCUACUUUUGAGAUCUGUUCAAAAUCAAGAAAAGAUGAAGCUGCAGCUGACCGCUACAAUACAAGUCUUGAAAAGAGCUGGCCGCCCCUCGGAGCGUCUAGUGAGUCAUGAAAAUUGUAGAUUUAGUAAGCCAACUGGACAUGAAUGCGUGCAUAUCCAGAAGAUAACCGAAGCUUCAGGUACUGAAGAAGCAGAAGCUGAUGCAGAAUUUGAUAAUGCUCUCAAGGAAGCUAUCAAUGGUGUUCAAGAUGCAGUGACGGCAAUAAAUGAACAUUUGGAAGAAGUUAGGUAUGAGAUUGCAGCACUUGAAGACUAAAGAUGUAGUCGGUUGACUUUGCCUUUUAAGUUAAAGGCACAAUGCUAUGAAAAGUCACCCCGUAAAUUCCAUGGCAAUCAAGACAUUAUUCAUCAUAACGGUUCCAUUCGUAUAGGCGGCAAACAUUUUAUUCUUGAUGGUGGCACAGGGAGGUGAUAUAUGUAUUGCAUUGAGAAGUCUAUUUGAGCUCUUAAAUUAAGCUUUCAAAAUUUGGUGCUCAAUUUUAUCAUAAAGAACCUGGGCAUUGUAAAGCUAAUUUGUCUUGAGCUUUUUUGUCACUGUAUAGUAAGAGAUAAAUAUGUCAAGUUCCAUGCCAUUGAUGAAAGAAGAGAAAAUGGCGAAAAGCUCACAAACCGACUCCAGAUAUUUGCACAAGUAGGAAAGGUAUUUUAUUUUGUUGAA